AUGUCCGUCAAAGAAACAAACGAAACCUCUCAUGAGGCCAAAACCCCCGCCGACGCCGUGCGCGACAUCACUUCGCCCGGUGUUCAGCGCAUCAAGGCCAUGUCAGAGGUCAUUAACAUGACCGACCGCAUCUUUAUCUUUUUCGGUGUCUUUCUCAUCGCCUAUGCUUACGGUCUUGAUGGUACCGUGCGUUACGCUUAUCAACCCUCUGCGCUGAACGAGUUCAAGGAGCACUCUCUGCAAUCCUCUGUCAACACUCUCCGCGCCGUCAUCGCAGCAGCUGCCCAACCAACUGCUGCCAAGAUUGCUGAUGUGUUUGGUCGUGUGGAACUUAUCUGCAUGUCGGUCUUUUUCUAUACUAUCGGAACUGUCAUUGAGGCUGCGUCGCAGAAUCUUGAUACGUAUUCUGCUGGUGCGGUUAUUUACCAGAUUGGAUAUACCAUGAUUAUUCUCUUGGUUGAGGUCAUCAUUGGAGAUAUUACUUCUGUCAGAUCUCGUCUGUUCUUCAGUUACAUCCCCGCUCUGCCCUUUAUCAUCAACACUUGGGUCAGUGGUGAUGUUACAGCUGCCGUUCUGGGCGUUACUACCUGGCGGUGGGGAAUCGGCAUGUGGUGCAUCAUCUACCCCGUCUGCGCCCUUCCUCUCAUCAUCAGCCUCCUCGUCGUUGGCCAUCGCGCAAAGAAGCAGGGUCAUCUCGUUGGAUACCGAUCAUCUUUCCAGCAACUCGGUCUCAAGAGCUUCACUGUUGAACUCUUCUGGCUUCUCGACAUCAUCGGAGUCAUUCUUCUUAUUGCCUGCUUUGCACUCCUUCUCGUCCCUCUUACCAUCGCCGGUGGUUUCGAGAGCAAGUGGUCAGACCCUCAAAUCGUUGCCCCUCUUGUCAUCGGCUUCGUCUGCAUUCCCGUCUUUGUCAUCUGGGAACUCCGCGCUCCUCAUCCCCUUGUUCCCUUCCACCACAUGAAGGACCGAUCCGUCUGGGCUCCCAUGGGAAUCGCAUGCAUGCUCAACUUUGCCUGGACAAUGCAGGGCGACUACCUCUACACCGUGCUUCAGGUCUCCUUCAACUUUAGCAUCAAGGCCGCUACUCGAGUUCAGUCUCUGUACUCAUUCGCCAGUGUCAUCACCGGCACAAUCCUCGGCCUUAUCGUGUACAAGGUGCGCCGCUUCAAGGUCUUUAUCGUAUCGGGCACAUGUCUGUUCCUUGUUGCUUUCGGUCUCCUCAUCCACUACCGAGGCGACGAAAGCAAGUCCAACCAAUCCGGUGUCAUCGGCGCACAAAUCCUCCUCGGUAUCGCGGGAGGUAUGUUCCCCUACCCCGCCCAGGCCUCUCUGCAAGCCUACGUUACCCACGAGCGUCUUGCUGUCAUGACAGGCUUGUAUCUUGCUCUCUACCAAGUCGGAUCCGCCAUGGGCAACGCAGUAGCCGGAGCCAUCUGGACCCAAGUUCUCCCCGGCAGCUUAGCCUCUGCUUUUUCCAGUUUCGGCAACGAGACACUUGCUGUGUACACCUACUCUCAGCCUUUGUCUGCCAUCAUCGACUUCCCCGUUGGUACUGCUGAGCGCGAUGCCAUGAUUGAUGCGUACAAGCAUGUGCAGCGACUACUCGUUAUUACCGGUAUCUGCCUGUGUAUCCCUCUUAUCGGGUUUUCUCUGUGCUUGCGUAACCCCAAGCUCACUGAUCAGCAGAACCUUGUUGAGGAUGAGAAGCCUGGUGAGGCAGCUGAGCGAACUGCCAGUGCUUAA